AUGGCCGACGUCGACGUCCCCGCAGGUCGCAAGGCGUUUGUGCCUCUCGAAAACAACCCGGAAGUAAUGACGCACCUCGUGCGCCAGCUCGGCCUCUCGCCCACGCUCGAAUUCCACGACGUCUACUCCCUCACCGAGCCCAGCCUUCUCGAGUUCCUGCCGCGGCCCGCCGUGGCGCUGCUGCUCGUCUUCCCCGUGACGCAGAACUACGAAAAGUUCCGCGUCGCCGAGGACGCCUCCCGACCCGAGUACGCCGGCUCCGGCCCGGACGAGGAAGUGGUAUGGUUCAAGCAGACGAUCCGCAACGCCUGCGGGCUCAUCGGACUCCUGCACGCCGUCACGAACGGUGCGGCCCGCGACCAGAUCACGCCCGGGAGCGACCUGGACACGCUGCUCCAACAGGCCAUCCCCCUCAAACCCGUCGAGCGCGCGGACCUGCUGUACAACAGCGAGGCGCUGGAGUCGGCGCACGCCACGGCCGCGGCCAAGGGAGACACCACCGCCCCGGACGCCGAGGACACCGUGGAUCUGCAUUUCGUGGCCUUCGUCAAGGACAAGAACGGCGAGCUGUGGGAACUCGACGGUCGGAGAAAAGGCCCCAUCAAGCGAGGUCAUCUGGACCCGCAGGACGAUGUGCUCAGUGAGAAGGGCCAGGAGUUGGGUGUCCACGCGUUCCUGAAACGAGAGGAAGAGGCCGGCGGCGGAGAGAUGCGCUUCAGCGUUGUCAUGUUGGGUCCGAGUUUUGCGUAA